CUUUAAGGUUGAGGAGAGAACGACUCUGGUGGCAAGAAAUUGAAAGGGGGAGUACGUGGUUCUUUUUAUGCAUUAGAAGGGAAGUCGCAUAAUGGCAGAUCCAUAUAUUUCUCCAGAUCUCACGUCGCCAUCGAGGGAUCGUAGCAUUUGCGGCUUCGUUUAGGUUUGGGACUUGUUUGUAUCCUCACAGCCGUUGAUCCCGUCGAUGCCUUCUUCUUGGACAAGAUCCUCGCGUCUUCCUCACUAGUGAAGAGGGGAAGAGGAGAUAGAAGAUCGGAUCGGGGCAGCAGGGUAAAAAAAAAACGCGAAACGCCGGGCCGCGGUGAACGGACCCUAAAUCCGUUACUAGACAGGCCGUUAACGACCCGAUUUCAGUAACGAUCUUGAACAGGAAUAGCCAGUCGUGAGAUCUACUUCCUUGCGGCUUUCGUUAGUUCUUUAAAAGAAGGUCUGAGAAGGCGGUGGGGUCGAGAAUAAUGGCUACAGAGUCAGACGGCGAAGAAGAGACAGCCGGAAAGUUGACCGGAAGCCCGAACUUGGUUGUUGAUGAUGAUUCGAGGGAGAUGUCCGUCAGUUCCGGCAAGCCCGGUAACGGUGUCCUCUCCCUCCGCGAUGACAAUCUCGAGACUUAUUGGCAGUUAGCUUACACUUCAUUUGCGGCUUCGUUUAGUGAUACAUUUAUCCACACCUUCAUGCUCCAACUAGCUGUUCUAUCCAAUCACUUGAAUGGUAGGGACACACACAUACGACAGAUCAAAAUAUAUGGUCCUCGACCGAAUCCUAUUCCCACGCUUCCAUUUCAUUUUACUUCGAAGGAGUUCAUUAGUUAUUCAACUAUUAGGUGAGGAGCAGACAGAAUCAUCAGUUACUCUCCUGCAAGCCAAAAGCUAAGUCUUUUGAAACUUAUUUUAAGCAGACAUUUGAUGGAUGAAUGGGUAGUAAGCUUAUUUGUUUAUCCUUUCUUUAUCAUUUUAUAUUUCCGAUUUUGUUACCUUUGUAGUUUAGGGAAAACAGAUGAAUGUUUUUUGAAUAUUGGAGUUUUAAUGAAAAG